CUCUUUUAUCUUUUGUAUUAUUCUUACUUUUAUUCCUUUACACUCAUUAAUAAUUACUACUCUAUGGGUACGCCUAUUUUGGUAUAUGGACUACAUGAUUUUGUAUCUGAACGCCAUGAUGAAAUCAGUUUUAAAGUUUGCGAACCUAUCACUGUGACUGAAACAGAUGAUGCUUACAUGGACGGUUGGUGGAAGGGACGAAAUAGUCAAGGUCAAGAAGGACUGUUUCCAAGAAAUUAUACUACGAUAAUGCCAUUGACCAGCCGCAAAAAAUCUUCAGCAACUACUUUAUCCAUGUCAGCUCAAACAAGAAAUAACAAAAGGAAGGAGUCACAUAAAGAUCCUGAACAAUGGAAUUUGUAUCAAGUAACUGCUUGGUUAAGUUCAAUUGGUAUGGAAUCUUUAUCCUCUCUUUUCAUUGAGCAAGAAAUCACAGGUGAUAUUUUACUGGAUCUUACUAUGGAUUCUUUGAAGGAACUCGGAGUGAGAACCUUUGGUAAAAGAUACAGGAUUAUACAGGAAAUCCAAAGAUUACGAUCAGUUAUUAUGCCAGAGAAUAUUGAUACAACGAUAUCAUCGAAUAAUAAAAGUGCAUCUAAUAAUAUCAGCAUUUCCAGUCAAUCAGAGUCUACAUCACUUCCAUCACCUCCACUAACAAAUUUUAACUUGACACCUUCUCAGUCUAAGACAUCUUCACCAAUUGAAAAUGCAAUGUUUGAAUAUCCACGCAAAGCUCCUCCUCCUCCUACUCAAUGUUAUCAAUCCCAUGAUAACAACCUGAAUUCAGCUACAUCGACCACAACAAUAAAACAUACAAUGAACAUUUCACGUCCUUUGUCCCCACCAAGUACAAUUUCUACCAAUAUCAGUCGAUCAAAUACUUCUUCCUCGUAUGGGACAAGUAUUCAUAGUGGUGAAAGGAGUCCCGAUUCACAACAUACUACGUUUGCUUCUAUUCGCCAUUCUUUCCAAAGAAAACAUCACAAAGUGGAUGACUCUACUAAACUGCAUUUAGCCAAUACAAAGGAAAGCAUCGCUAGAUCAUCAUCACCUGUCACUAUGGUUGCACCGAUUCAUGAAGGAUGGCUUUACAAACGAGGCGACAAAUACAAAAAGUGGAAUAAAAGAUGGUUUGAGCUAAAAGAUGAUCAUUUAUAUUAUUAUAGCCAUCCCAAAGAUAGUCAUGUCCGAGGCGUCAUUAAACUUCAAGGUUAUCGUAUCCAAUCAGAUCCCGCUAUGUACUCUGGCAAAUAUUGUUUCAAAGCUCAUCAUGAUCGAGAGCGUACUUUUUAUUUUUAUACUGAAAAAGAAAGUAGCAUGAAACAGUGGGUAAACGUACUCAUGAAGGCUACCAUUACACGAGACUAUCACGCGCCUGUCAUGUCGUCCAAUCCUGUAAACACUGUUUCCCUUGCUCUCGCUCGUCAAAUGCGACCUCGACCACCUUCUAUAUUAAUGUUAAAGUCUCAACAAUUCCAAGCUAAUGAAUCUACGAUGCAUUGCCUACCUAACAAAACAUCACUUCAUUCUUCUUCUGAUACAUUUGAUGUUUUGAGUGAUGACGAUGAAGAUCUAAUCGAUCCUGAUCAAAGUAUAUUCCAUCGUUCAUCGCAAUCAUCAUCAACGGUUGUCAAAUCAGCUUUAACAACCUCAGCUAACGACGAUCAUCAUCAUCAUUAUCAUUAUCGGCAUCAAAGAUCUUCAACCAUCUGCCACAAUAACAAUGCAAAGCUAUCUUCAACAUUAACAUCUUGUCCUGAAUUACAAGAUCAUAAAUCGACCGAUGAUAAAUAUGUUUCGUGGAUUAAUUCAUAUCUUCCAUCUGGAAAAAAGAUUGUUUCUUUAGCAUCUGCUUUCUGUGACGGAGAAUCAUUGAUCGUAUUAUUGGAACAAAUCAGUCAGAAACAUGUACGCCGUACUCAUAUUAAAGCCUCCAAUUCUAUUAGUAUGAAAAGGUUGGAGAAUAUUGUGGCAGCUUUUAAAUUCAUGGGACGCGAAGGCAUUGCUAUUGAAAAUUACACGAUCAAAGAUAUAUUUGAUGGUGAUGUGGUUAAAGUACGUGUCAUGGUGACUGCCAUUCAGGCAUGGGCAAACCAGUAUUAGCGUUUCCUUCCUUUUUUUCCGAAGAAAAACUCUUUUUCCAUUUACAACAAUUGUUUAUUAGAGUUU